AUGGUCGUUUCCUCGACUAGUGGUCGCCUCGUGCCGCAGCCAUCCAACGUCCACGAAGCCCCAACGACGGAUGGGUGCAACUGCAAGAGGUCCAAGUGUCUCAAGCUGUACUGCCAGUGCUUCGCGAUGCAGGUGGUGUGCACGGCCUCGUGCAACUGCCACCACUGCUACAACAACGCCAACCAGGAGAGCAUGCGCUUGCAGGCCAUCAACGGGGUGCUAGAGAGGAACCCGGCGGCUUUCGACGCCAAGUUCAGGGAAACAGAGAAACACGACGCCGUUGUGCACAAGACGGGCUGCAAGUGCCGCAAGUCGGCCUGCCUGAAGAAGUACUGCGAGUGCUUCAACAAGGGCGUGGCGUGUUCGGAGAAGUGCAACUGCGUGGGCUGUCGGAACACCGUGGCCCUCUACAGCGAGUACCGCGGCGGGGGCGCCGCCGCCGAGCGAGCCAUCCCCAUCGCCCCGGCCCCGAAGCCCAUGCCGAGGCCCCCGAUAGCCACCGGCGGCGGCGGCGGCGGUUGCCGGGACUGCCGCGGCUGCGGCGGCGUUGCACCCCUCGACGGCGGGAAGGAGAGGAGGGAGGGCGGCGCCAAAAGGAGCCGCCCCGGCGUCGGUGGGGUCGAGGGCCUUGCCCGGGAGCAGGACGAGAGCGGGGUCUGGGGCGCGGGCGGAGCUGGAGCGGGAAGCGGCGGCGGCGGUGGCGGAGGCUGCUGCGAUGGAGGAGAGAGAGAGGGAGGCCGCGGCGGCGGCGGCGGCGUUAGCGCUGGCUGCUACAGGCGCUACUGGUGGUGGUGGUGGUGGCAAUGCGGCGUGGAUGGCCGCGGGAGACGAGCCUCUCGCUACUUCUCCGCACAAAGACGUCAUCGAAACCCUAAGCGCGGGCGCUCAGACCUCGGCAAGGACUCAGGCCUCCUCAGCGCUGCCGCCGACCUGGCCGCUCUUAAGGGCGCGUCCCCGCUGAAGCCACCCCGACCGGGCCCUGACGGCCCCAACGAUAACGGCGGUAGGCGGGCAAAGAGCCUCAGGGACCAGUUCGGCGAGGCUUCGUCGUACACCAACGACGAUCCCUCUGAUGCUGCUGCUGCUGCUGCUGGUGGUGGCCCACCACGGCACCACGCCCACGACGAUGAUGGCGGCGGCGGCGGCGGCCGCCGCAGCCGUAACGGCAGCGGCGCCAAGGCUGACUCCCUCGCCGUGCUGACCAUGGCAAUAGGAAAGCAAGCGGAAGCAUCGGCGGCGGCGGCGGCGGCGGCGGCGGCGGAAGCGGCAUCAGGUUUCCGAGUGGGGUCGGGGGGGGCGAGGGGCGAAGAGAGCGAAUUGCCCAAUGUCGACGGCGAUGAUGACGACGACGACGACUCGUCUGACGGGGAAACUAGCCCGCACGGCACGGUGAUGAUGGGGGUGGCGCCGGACGCCUGGGGGGCAGCAGCGAAGGGGAGGAUCGUGGCCGUAGACAUGGUCGGAGAGGUGUCCUGCUCCGAGACGGAGCCGCUUAGCUCUCAGACGAGCUUCUGGGGAUCUCAGCCGUCGGCGCAAGAGGGCACUUCUAGCGCAGAGCGGCCCCCCGGGGCUGCUGCUGCUGCAGCCAUGGAAGGGACGCCGCCGCGGCCAGGCACGCCAACACCCCGUCCACCGGCGGCGACGGCGGCGACGGCGGGGACUAUCAUAGCCGGGGACGAGAAUAUGGCGGCGGCGCCAACAGGGACGGCGGCCGGCGCCGAGUUGCCCGACAUGUCCGAUCACCAAGUCCGCAAGCAGAAGUCGUUGCUGCAGCAACAGCAGCAGCACCGAGGUUCCGCGGGUGUGGACCCAGGGGGACGGCGACACCCGCCGUCAGAGGGGAGUACGGCGGGGAGACCAGCAGCGGCACCUCUGGAGGCGGAAAUAAGCAGCAGCAGCAGCAGCAAUAAUAAUAGUAGCGAGAUAUUCGUGGACGUGGCCGCGGCUAUGCCCUCCUCCCGCGGCCUCUCUCUCUCCGACCAGGUGCUCCGGCAGUCGUCGCCCUCGCCGCCGCCUUCGAUCCUCAGCAGUAAGAGGCCACGCAGCGAGCCGCCGCCGCCACUGCCACAAGAGGGAGGAGUAACACUGCGGGAGGAGGAGGAGGAGGAGACCCCCCGCGACGAGCAGGGGGGGAGUGGUAACGACGCGGUUUCCCCUCCGCGGACCCCCGCGAAACGCCCACGCCCCGGUAGCAGCAGCGGCGGCGACGAAAGGACAGCAGACGAAGCGGCGCCGGCGGGAGCAACAGCAGGCAUCGCCGCGGACGGGGAAGGAGACGCCGGGGGGAGCGACGGGGGGAGCGACGGGGGCGGGGGUCAGCCGGCCGCUGGCGACGGCGGCGAGGGGGGCGUCGCCGCGGGGGAGGGGGGAGGAGG